AUAAAUAGCAUACUCAAUGAAGGCGUUUGAUAGUUAGUCGUCCUGCCGUGCCACGAUCGCAACAAGGAGCCUAACCCUUAACAUAAAAACCAUAAGGAAGUUUGCCUAUCUUUCGUGUUCAUUUUGCGUACCGAUUUUGUGGCAGCGGAAAGCGUCGUAUGUCAGAGGCGGGUAUAACUCUCCUAUGGAUCUUUCUGUUUCUGUGGCAAUGGUUUAAAUCAGGAACCCUGCAGUCUGCUCCUGUCCAUGAUGUUCAGCCAUAUCGUCUGGAGUGACAAAUCUUGUACUCUCAAAGAAUUUGUCGACGAAUACCCGCUUCCGCAACUAAUCAAAGUCGAAAGCGGGGUCUACAAUGACGACGAGGCGAGAACGCUAUCAGCAGAGCAGAUUCUCACCCUACAUAUCACCAAACGGAGCGACAAGGUGUUAGUUAGGGCUGCCGAAAACAAACAGUAUUUCCUACCGGUAACAUGUCCACAUAAAGUUGAGAUUCUUCCUAAAUUUUGUCAAGACAAAUAUUACAGUGUGGAAGAUAUUACCAGCUCUUUUACAGCCCCAGAUUUUAAAUUUAUUCGUGUGGUACAUAACGGUCCGCCUUCGCUUCGAAUACGAGCUGGGGACAUAUUAAAACUCAAGAAAACUGAAGAGGAAAAUCGGGUUAAGUAUCUUGAAUGUGAGUUUUAUAAUAAGACUCAAGACUCUGUAAUGCUUCCAUUAGAAUUCAAAGCUGCCUUCGAGCCCUUAGCCAGCCCAGAAGAGUAUCAUUUGCAAGAAGUUCUGAGUUCGUUUACACUUCCUGUUCGCGUGAAGUUUACCUCCAGUGACACUAUAAUACAAGAUGCUGCGAACACUAACAUUGAAUUGCAAUCGCUCGGUUCGGUUCUCUUAAAAGAAAUUCGAGAGGAAAUUACAGUUAUUGCUACAAGUCGUGACGACGAAACUGUCACCGUUUUAAUGAUUCCUUCUGAUUUGGAUGUGAAAGUGAAUCCUGCUCUCGGGGCCGUAAAAGGUGAUUCAACGUACGCAAGAUUCUGUAAAGAAAUCCACGAUGGAACAGAACUUUCCAAAAUCGACCUUUUGAAUAGUUCGAAAUUGCUAGAAUAUUCUGAGGAACCUACCGUUGAUGUUGUCUAUGAUUAUGUUGAGAUAGGUCCACCACUUCCUCCUCGGUCAGACUCCAAACGAAAUGAACCGACAGAUUCCGAUGAAGAUUAUGAAGAUGUAGACCUACCUCCCCCCAGACCACCAAAACCAUCUUCUAAACCAAACCUGAGAUCAGCCCAUCAAAACGAGAAAACCGAUGGUGUUUUCCCUUCCAUGUGCUCCAGAUCUUACAGUUCUGAGAAACCAUUAUCUUUUAAUGAAGAUGGUGACGAUGACAGUGAGGAUGACGAUGGCGAGUAUGAAGAUUUUGACCCGGUCUUUGGGAGCUCAGAUGACGAAGAGGAUGUCUAUUCACAGACAGAUCUACCAGGGGCAGAAACGCCUAGUGACAGAGGAAAAGAAAAACGUAGUGCCCUUGAAGAACCUGAAAAACUUAAUCUCAAGACACGAGUUUCAGCCAUUCUCAAGAAGGCCAUUGCCAAGUCACCUACGUCUCCACCCGCCUCCCGAUUGCCCUCUGCCACUUAUGCCAACAUCCCAACCCAAAGGCUGCGUCCACCCCCACAACGACAAUCACCUGAGAAAAGUCUUUCCACUUCACCUUCCCCUGUGGCUUCUCAUUUAUCCCAGGGGUACCCCUAUGAUCUAUCAAGUCUUUCUGUUUCAGAAGUGGGAGAAUGCCUCAAAAAGCUUAACCUGGGAGAGCACGUCAAAGCUUUUGAAAAACAAACCGUUGAUGGGAGUCUUCUGAAGAAUCUAAGUGAACAAGAACUGAUAGACCUUGGAGUAACUAAAUUAUUUCAAAGGAAUAAACUUCUUCUUUUUAUACAGGGAUGGAGGCCUAAAAUGAAUUAACUACUAAUUGCUCCUCUUUUCACUGAGUAGCUCAAGCACAAAGCAGAAUGCAGCUUGUUAUUAAGAACCCUUGAAAUAUAUUCUAAGCGACAUUUGUUUAUCAUUGUACAAGAAAUACAGAUAUCUUAUUAGUUUCUAGUUUGUAGAAUCGCCGAGUAUUUCACAGGUUGUGCCGUAUUGUGACGAACCCAUAGAGUAUCGCGUCAACAUACAAACAAGGAGUAAAAAUACUCAGCGAUACUACUGGCCGAAACGCUUGAUAAGUUAUAGAUUACCCAAAUGCUAUAAUGUCUUCCAAUUUUUAGUCCUUUUAAAAUACGCAUGGAAGCGUAGCCAAUCUGUCAAACAGGUUUUUUUUUGCAGAAAACCAACUUUUCAAUCAACAGUACAAUAUCGUGAGGUAUUUGAACUCAAAUCGCUAGUUACUUCUGCUCUUCCAAAUGCAGUUGGUUAAUAUGAUAGGUUAUAAAUUGGUAUUCUCGCACUUAUCUUAAAAACUCGUAGCUUCUAAAGCCAGCAUGAGAUGUAAAUAUCUUUAUACUGAAGAGGAAUUAUUAGAGAACAUGGUGAAUAUAACACCAAAGAACUAUA